UCCCAUCAUGCAAUGCGCCGCAUUGAUCCGUUGUUCGCUCGGGGGCCAUAGCCUUAUAGUCCCGGCCGAAGCGCGGAAGCUCUCUUCGCUCCACCCCCUUCCUCGCAGCGUCUCUCGUUACCAAGGGGAUUAGGCGGCGCCUGCGUAGGAAUGUCUCUGAUUGUACCUGAGAGACUUGGGGCCUCAAGAACUAGCAUCUUUUAGGGACUAUUUUUGUGCUGCGAGGGAGAGCUGGGCGCAGCGUUAUCCCAGGGGGUUGGGAGCAAGGAGGCUUCUGUGGGGAAGUGGGGCUGAGCUGCUGGAGGGGCCUAGCCCGUGUGUGUGAACGGGAGAGAGGGGAGGCUGAGUGCUUAGGUCUGGGGGGUCAGUACAGUGCAGCAAGUCCUGCAGCUCCAGAGAGACCCACCUGAGGAUGGACAUAGGACCCCCAGAUGUGCUGGAGCGCAAGGGGGCUUUGACUCUGCGCUCGCAUUGUGUGCAAUAUGGGAGACCCACCCUAAUGUACCGCUGGCACCAAAACAGAGAGGCUGAACCUAAAGAUUAUGAUAUAAAUGAAGUUCCUUUGGGUUCAAAGAAUUUAUGUCAAUCUACUUACUCGAGAUUCGGAACUGUGGAUGGGACAUGGAUUACCACAUACCAGGAUCAUUUGUCUCAACCGUAUACAAAUAAAGGAUAUAGGGAAAUAGAGAUUCGUAAGUCCAUGCUGAAUGAAGAUAAUUUUGAAGAUGGUGUUAUUGACAGGGAGACUGGGAUGCCCAAAACAGGAGUUGGAGCUGUAUUGCCAAGACACCCUUCAGAUCACUUUCAAAUGUAUCUGGAUACAACAUACCGUAUAGACUAUGUCCCUCCAUAUGAUUAUACGCCAUAUGUUGGAGCCCAACCAGAUGGUUAUUCUGUAGUUCAUAGAAAAUGUCACUCUCAGUUUACUGACACAGCAGAUUACAGAAGACAUGGUAUCAACACAUGGCAAGAUGAGAGUGGGAUAUAUGCUAAUAUGGAUAUAAAGCAACAGGUCUUCCCAGUAACUAAUCCUAUACCGUCAAACGUGCAUGAAGGUCAUUUCUAAGCAGUUAUAAUAGAAUCUGAAAUAGACACAUUGUAUGUCAAGUAUUAACAAUUUUCCAAAUAUUCCAAUAAAUAUUUUUGAAAUGCUUGCUACUGUAGAUGCAUUGUUCUGCAAGUGAUCUCUUUAUAGUGGGUUGCACUAUACCAACCUUGUAUGAAGGUUUCCUAUAUAUUGAGUAUUUUUAUGAUUAAGCAUUUUCUGGAUCUUUUACAGAUUAUCUAUACACUGAUCUUAGCUGAACACUGUUGCUGGGAUGGCAGAGUUUAUCACGGGAAGCAAUGACUCUGAAAAAGCUUUGGGGUUGUGGUGGAUAUGAGUUCCUGUCACAGGGCACAUCACUCACUGGGCUGGUGCCUCCGCCUGGUCACUCUGGGGAUUAGCUCAAGGCAGACACCCUCCCAGACUACAGUUUUCAUACUAUCACUCUGUCUCUGCAUCUGCCUGCAACCCCUCUUGCUGCCUCAGGAACCGCAGUGUCCUCUUUAUGGCUCUGCCCUCUGGCCAUCCAUGUUUUCCCCCUUCUGGGGGUUAGUAUUGCAGUCCAAUAAUGAUGCCACUUCCCCAGUGUUGAGGGCGGGACCCAGGCCCGCCCACUACUCCGGGUCCCGAUCCAAGGACCCUGUUGAUAGCAGCCUCAUGCUGCUCUCCUUGGAACUGCUCACCACUCUUUCCAGGGCCUCUUCCCCAUGCCCCUGCACCUACUCCACCCUUACCCCAGGGCCUUCAAGCACUGCGCUGUCCAUGGUGCUAGUACUCCUUCCACCUGCUGGGAGCCCAGCCUUCACUCCAUGAGCUCCAAACAGCUACUGCCUGCUCUGCCCUGCAGCUCCACUUAGGUCUGGUCUACACUACGAGU